GGUUGGAGUUCUGGGUCACGUGACGUGCCAGUGCGUCAGUGUAGGGUAGUUGUCAUGAGGAGCUAAAAGUGGCUGUAGUUAGGACUGCUGAUGUUAUAACCUGAAAAUAACCCUCUCUGUAAGCAUCAGCAACAACGAUUCGUGCAUGAUUUAAGGAUCACACGGUAUAUAAACACUACUACGCGAUCGGAAGCCAUAGGAGAGAGUUAAAUCAGCAACAUGGAGUGGUUUGAUGAACGGGACCGAAAGAAGACAGACACACACCCACACGAGCCCAGUGCAGACAGUAUGGCUUCCAUGUGCCCGAGUCAGCAGCACUGUGUAAAGGCCUCCAUUGCGUGGCAGCUGGCGGAGGCGCAGGACCGACUGUGCGGUUUGGAGCUUCACAGCUCCGAGUCUGUUGAACAGGAGCACGCCCGAGCUCUGGCUUCUUCCACUGAACUUUCACAGAACGAGCUGGAAUGGAGACAAAAGGAGAGAAUGCUGGGAAGAAGUCCCACACUGUGUCCGGAGGCCAGCCGAGAUGUGUUUGACAAGAGUAUCAUAAAUCGUUCACAAUGGCCUAAUGAAACCGAACACGAUAAAAGCCAAAGUUUUGUCCAGCGUUACGAGGAGCUCUUGAAACAUUUUGGUAUGUUAAGGAGGUGGGAUGAUAGCCAGCGCUUUCUAUCAGAGUACCACCAUCUCAUCUGUGAAGAAACAGCCAAUUACUUGAUCCUGUGGUGCUUUCGGCUACAGGCAGAACAAAAAGGGGCCUUAAUGGAGCAGGUGGCACAUCAGGCGGUUGUCAUGCAGUUUAUUAUGGAGAUGGCCAGAAACACCCAGCAGGACCCGCGAGGCUGCUUCCGUCAGUUCUUUCAGAAAGCAAAAGCUGGACAGGAGGGAUACUUGGAUGUUUUCCACGCAGAACUAGUGGCCUUCAAGCAGAGAGUAAAGGAGUACACUAUGAAAUCUAAAGGGGAAACACCAAAGGAGACGGCACACCAGAACAAUGCCCCGGGAUGUCGUCUUGAUCCUAAAGAAGUUUUAGAGUCUUUGCCUCCGGAUUUGAAAACGUGUAUCCAGAUGCAAGAUAUGCAGAUUCUUCAAAAUGUGCUCAGCACCAUGAACCCACAGGCGGCAGAAUAUCACCUGAAGCGUUGUUUGGAAGCAGGACUUUGGACAAAUAUACCCAGAGCCUCUAAAGACGAGAGUUCAGAAACGGAUGAAUGGAGAAUGAUGGAGACCUAGCAGACCUCGCAGUCAGUCCAUAGAGAAACGUCAGUAGGAAAUGCGCUUUAGUUCGGGAGACGGGAAGAUAAAGGGCUGCGCUCAAAGACUUCCAUUUCGCAUCCUUGCCUGAGCGUGUGCUGCACUUUAUAUUUGUUUAAAAGAGGAAACUAUUUAAAUAAAAUACAAGGAACUGUA